GAUUCUUCCAUAACCUUCGUUUUGCUUCUACUGAAAAACUUUAAAGUUUAAGCCGAACCUUUGCAUAAACACUCCCGCAUCAGUUGCAUGAACAUAGGGUGCUAGAAACGUACCAUGAAUCCUCAAGCGGACAGGGUUGUUAGAAGAGUAACCAUGAUAGCAACUAUAACUGCUUCAUAUUUUCUCUUAACUGCUGAUUAUGAACCUACUGUUCUAGACCCUAUUAAGAAGGGAUUGCUUUCAGCUGAGAGCACUGUGAAAGAGUAUGUUUUUGGAUCAAAGAAAGAGUCUCAAGAAAAUCAAAUGGAGAAAUUGGACAGCAAUAAAGAGCAUCCAUAAAUUUUUGGUUGUUUUGUAUCAGAACAUCAAACUCUGAAUCAAGGUUUUCCUUUAGCCAUAAGAACGUAUAGAUAUAGAAUAUCUGUAAUUUUUAAUGGAUUGGUUUGACUUGAUGAUUAGAGGUUGUCAAUGUAUAAACUGUAUCAGUUAUAUAUCACAACUUAAUGCAUGUUUAGAUUGAAGAGUUUGAAA